UCUCCCUGGUCAGAUUUCCGAAGCGGUCGUUGCCCGGUAGCGGCGGCGGCGGCGGGGGCGGAGGGGGCCCAGGUUAGAAUGCAUCUCACGCCCGCUUGACAAAACCCUCCUGCAGGGUUGGGGGGAAGGAGGAGGAGGAGGAGGAGGAGGAGGAGGGAGAGCAAGACAGAAGACUGCGAAGGAGCGAGAAGAGGAAGAGGAAGGAAGUUUUGGUGGAUAAAGAAAGGAAGAAACGAAGGGAUGAUCAGUAGAAUUAAGAAAAUAGACUUCUCAAGUUUACAAGAUUAUGUGCGCUGAUUGCAUUGUGGGAAAGUGGAUAGCCUUUCGUCUCGAACAGAAGUGUUGGGCUGAUAAAUACGUUAUGGCUCAAUGGCGUUUGUUGGAGUAAAUCAUGUUUCUCGAUUUGUAGAAUUUCCUCAUGGAAAGAUGUUGAUCGCAAGAUGUGUUUGAAACGAGUGACUAAAAACUGCAAACGAACUUGGGCAAGAACAUUGAGCGAUUGUGUUGUUUGUAUUUGUAUAUUGCAUAAUGCGUUUUGGUAUUGUUUAUUUGUGUAAGCAUUUUAUGUUUUUGUAAUUUCCGUGCUAAUUUUUCCUCUUGAUUUUUUUAAACACGUUGUGAUAUUUAGUUUUGAUUUCUGUGAAUUUUUUUUAUUGCUUGUUUGGUAUGUUUAUUUCAGGACAUUUAUCUUUUAACAUUUUGUAUUUGUUCAUUUUGUAUUUUGCGAAUUCUUUUGUUUUAGAGAAUGGGUUCAUAUAAGAAUUUCUGCCGUUUUAUUUAAAAUUUCUCGAGUUUUUCUUUUAUGAAAUCGUUUUUAUAUAUUAAAAAAAUGUUCAGCAAAACAAUUUUUUGAACUAGAUCGCAAUGUAGAAACCUGGACACCUCUCGUGAGAAUUACCAUCUAUCCAUUCAAUAUUAAAAGUACAUAGAGUAAUUAAUUGGUCGUCCAUUUAGUGAAGGUUUGCAAACGUCACUUUACCAAUUUUGAUCUGAAGUUUUCAGGGGAAAUGAGUCCAAAAAAAGCGCUUAUCACAGACCAUUACAUUAACCUUAGGACUGAUCACUACAGUAGAAAAUGUAGAUCUUGAUUUCAAGAUGCAGUUUAGAGUGAAAUUAAAGAUCUGUUGUUGGGAGAACGACUGAGUGAUGGCGAACCUUAGAAGUAAUCGUGUAAAAAUGACACCUCGAUGACGUGACAGAAGGAUUCUCCUGCGUCGGGGACAAGUUGUGGCAUCACUGACCUGUCGUUCUUGAUGUUUAGUUUCGUGUGUAGCUGCAGAGUAGUGACUGUGGGGGAUGCCAAAGCUGUGCUAGAAAAAUCUGUUAUUCGCCAAGUGUCGUAAACUGAAAUUCAAGGCAAUAUUAAAAGGGAGGAAAAUAAGAAUAAAAUAAGUUAGUCAAAGUAAUCUUUUUUGGAGACGUUUUACGAUCUACAUCAUAAGUUUAUAAAUAUUGAAAUUUGGACAAGUUGAUUCAUUCAUUCUUAAUAAAAACCAAUAGGAAGUGACAUUAGAAAUUUAUUUUUUUUUUUUGUAAUUUCUAGUGGGUGUAAAUAAGUAAUAUUGUGGUCAUAGAGAAUAGAGGAAGGGAAUCGCCCCGCACAGGCAGUGUUGAAAUUAGCCUUAACCUUCCCGUAGUGAUUUUCCUCCUCGGCAUUCAUCACUAGGGCAUUCCUUUGGGCGCGGGGGAUGAGUGGCGGGUGCGGGCGUGUGGGUGCCUUCUCCGGGUAAGGGCGGGCCAGGCCCAGCAUGAGGGUGCAGGCUCCAGCAGGUUUCCCACGCGACCCCGCCCCCGACUUCCCCCUUGAAUUUGGGCGACCUGUGUCAUCAUCCCCUCCCGGCGGCGAGGUUCUUGGCAGGAGGCGGCGGCAGCGGCACCAUGAGAUAGCAGCAGCAGCAGCAGCAGCAGCAGCUGUGGCAGCGGCGGUAGCAGCAGCAGCAGUAGCAGCAGCAACAGCAGCGUUAGUUGAGGCGCCUCCGGACGCCAUUCAUCCACUGCCACUCCCAACCUUGUCGCCAUGAGCAACGUCUACGCGGCCUACGGGCCCGUGCCCACCUCGGUGGGCGUGACAGCUUCCCCCAGACUCAAUGGCUCCCUCGACAGACGAAUCAUUGUGCAGGGUCGGUCGGCCACCCUCGGCCGCACCAACCCCGGGGCUGCCACCCGCCACGUGCAUCACCACGGGGCCAUGGGCAUCGGCAGCUCCUACCAGGACCUGCGGCGGUCCAGGGAAUGCCUGGACAUCAAGCAGAUCCCCAUGGAAGUGAUGCAGCCCCUGGAGCCCCUCGGCAUCGGCGACGGCAAACUGCACGGCUCCAUCGAAGCCUUCCCGACGUUGCCCAUCACGACGCUGGAGAGACGCCGCAACGGCGGCUUGGUCACCGGCGGCUGCAGCGUCCACGGGGGCACCCUCAGCAGAGUGGGCAGCAGGGCCGGCUCAAGGUACCAGCUGGCCGACGACAGGCGGGUUUCGGGAGGGGGAAGGGGGGGAUGCUGCAGGAAGAGCUGCUGUACCCUCACCCUUUCCCUCAUCGCCUGCUUACUGAUACUGGGGGGCGUCAUUGUCGCCCUCUACUUCUUCAUCAAAAAUGUGCCAUACGAACAUCAGCCCCCAACACAGGAAAUUCGCAAUCCGUGCCACGGCCGCAAGUGCCACCACGGCGCCCUUUGCGUCCUCACGAACGACGGACGCAGCGCUCGGUGCGAGUGCCCCAUCGAUUGCCACCAGUACGGCGGAAUGACGGGGCCCGGAGCCUCCGACGGGAUGAACGUGGUCUGCGGCUCUGACGGGAAGAACUACGAUAGCGAGUGCCAACUCAGGCGCCACGCCUGCAGGACCCAGAAACACCUCGAAGUGCGGUUUCCGGGGAAAUGCGAUCCCUGUGAAGACAUUUCGUGUCCCGAGCGCCAAAUUUGCCAGCUGGAUCGAGACAGACUGCCCGUCUGCCGUUGCAACGACGUGUGUGCCAAGGACUACGACGCGGUGUGCGCGUCGGACGGCAAAACUUACACGAACGAGUGUGUGAUGAAAUUGGAGGCGUGUAGGGCCAGGAAGACGCUGUGGAUCAUCUACAAUGGGGAAUGUGAUUUAGGGCUGAACCCGUGCGACGCCAUAUCGUGCAUGGCGGGCGAGGAGUGCAACGUGGACAAGAAGGGCAUUGCCAGAUGCGAGUGCCCCAUGCCCUGCGAGAAAGUGAUGCGCCCGUGUGCGGAAACGGACGGGGAGACGUACGACAACCUUUGCGAACUCCAGAGGUCGGUCUGCGUCAACCAGGUGGACAUCGAUGUUAGCUACAACGGAGUCUGCGGAGAGGAAGGCCCUUGCGCUGGCCACGAAUGCGGCCACGGGGGGCUAUGCGUCGACAGGCAGGGUCUGCCGGUGUGCGAAUGCCCGCAGUGCCCACCGCAGCUAGAUCCCGUGUGCGGCACCGAUGGCAUCUCCUACGACAACGAAUGCCACCUGAGGGCAGAGGCCUGUAGGAUACAUCGAAACCUGACAGUCAGAUACAGGGGCAAAUGCAGUGGCUGCGAGGAUAAGCAAUGCAAUUUCUACGGGAUCUGUGAGGCCGACGAAAAAGGGGUGGGUCGGUGUGUUUGUCCCGAGGGAUGCGUCAAGGCCGAAAGCAAAGUUUGUGGAACGGACGGAGAAACUUACUUAAACGAAUGUCUCCUCAAAGUUGCCGCUUGUAGGAAACAGCAGCUUAUCAUGGUAGCGUCCAGGGGCGACUGCGACUUAUGUCAACAUGUUGUGUGCAAGUUCGGCGGCCGCUGCGAAGCCGGAAGGUGCAUAUGUCCCAGUGAAUGUCCGGAGACUCGGGAACCGGUGUGCGCUUCCAACGGCGAGACCUACAUCAACGAGUGCGAGAUGCAGAAGGCAGCCUGCGGCAUCGAGAACGGUCUCAGAGUAACUUUUGUCGGGGAGUGUUCGGAGGCGAGAACGUCCGGCGUCAAGGAUGACCCAGGACUUGUAAGGCCACGUGACUCCUCCCCUCCUCCCAUGGUGGGUCCUCCGGCGCCAGCGCAUCCUCUGGGGCACGAGGAAGCCGACGUGUGCGCCUCCAUGACUUGUGAGUACGGAUCCACGUGCACGGUGUUGGCGGACGGCCUGCCCCGGUGCUCGUGCCGCCUAGACUGCUCCAACGUGCCUCAGAAUCCCGUCUGUGCCUCUGACCUCAAGAUGUACUCCAGCGAGUGCCUCAUGAUCAGGGAAGGAUGCCAGCGCCAAGUCGAGCUCAGGCUGAGGCCCCUGGAACUGUGUGAAGACUUCGAAUUGACACCCUGCGACGGCAGUCCGCCCUUAAUCAACCCAGCAACUGGUCGCGAUUAUUAUUGCGGCAAAGGACCCGACACAGAGACGUGCCCCGAUGGCUAUUACUGCCACUGGACAUUGUCCUUUGCAAAGUGUUGUCCCCUUGAUCAAGCGGAAAAUGGAACACUGUUAGGCCCGCCGUGUCGACAGGAGUCUUUUGGUUGCUGUCCAGAUGGCAAAACUGCAGCUCUUGGUCCAAAUUAUGCAGGUUGCCCGUCAAUCUGUCAGUGUCACAAGCUUGGUGCUCAUGAUGAAAUCUGCGACCCAAUGACAAAUCAGUGUCGUUGCAAGCCCGGUGUAGGAGGCACUAAAUGUGAUAGAUGUGAACCAGGUUUUUGGGGUCUGCCAAGAAUUCAGCUGGGUAGCACUGGGUGUCUUCCAUGUGGAUGUUCCUUGUUCGGUUCUGUGCGAGAUGACUGCGAGCAGAUGACUGGCCAAUGCGUCUGCAAGCCGGGGAUCACGGGCAAAAAGUGCAACAUCUGCCCCGAGGGCCUCGUUCUGGGCCCUAAAGGCUGCAAGUCCCCAGCGAUCACGACCCCGCCCCCGCGCACUUGCGCUGACCUCGAAUGCUACUUUGGCGCCAGAUGCCAAGAGCACAGUGGCCAUGCUGAAUGCAAGUGCGAUGCCCAGUGCCCCGAUGACUCAUCCUCGGCAAGGCCUGUAUGUGGUUCGGAUGCUGAGACCUAUGCCAGUGAGUGCCAUUUGCGACUCUUUGCCUGCCAUUACCAGAAAGAUGUUGUGGUUGAUGCACUUGGUCCUUGCCCUAUACCAGGCAACCAGUCGGAUGGAGUGACAGAAUCCCCUCUGCGCCGGUCGACGGCACCUCUCUCGACGGAGCCUCACCGGGAAGAAACUGCUAAAGCAACGAGACAUCUGCUCUUUCCGGAGUAUGUCAUUGGAAGCGGCAGUGGCUCCAGCACCCACAGUCUCUCCAACAGCAUCUUCAGCGUGCCUCCCACACCCGUGACUAUUGCACAGUUCGGACUCCUUGGUUCAGUAUGUUACAAGGACAAAGAUUGUUCUGUGCCCUAUUCGCGUUGCAAGACCUCCAUCUGCACCUGCCGAAUUGGGUUCACUCAGAGUGCCGAUCGCCAGACUUGCGUUGUUACCACUCCAGGACGAGAGGAAGUGUUGAGUGCUUGUAGCCACCAGCCUUGUGAGAGAGGCGGCACCUGCCGAGAGCUUCCUGAAGGAGGGUAUGUUUGCCAGUGCCCUCACAUGGCAACUGGUGACCGAUGUGAGAAUGAACUGCCACCGCCUUAUGAAACUCCCUCUUUUAGUGGCUCCUCCUUCCUGGAAAUUAAGAAAAUAAAGGCUUACAAUAAAGUUCAGAUUGAGCUAGAAUUCAGAACAUUUACUGACAGCGGAAUACUUCUGUACAGUCAGCAAGAGCAGGAUGGCUCUGGGGACUUUAUCUCUCUAGCUUUAGUAGAUGGAUUUGUUGAGUUCAGGUACAACUUAGGCUCAGGACCUGCUGUAAUAAGGAGUCACGAGAGAGUUCAGAUGAAGAGCUUCCAUAGGGUUGUAGCCAACCGAUACCAGCGUGAUGGAAAAUUGCAGCUGGAUUCGUCAGAGGAUGCUGUCGGGAAAGCUCCAGGGAAUCUAAAGAGUUUAGAUUUGAGAGGCUCUACUUAUAUUGGAUAUGUCCCCACAACUGAAAGAAGAGUGUGGGAAAAUGUUGGAACAAGUGAAGGACUCGUUGGCUGUCUGAAGUCAGUGCGCAUCAAUGGACGUCCUCUCGAUCUUGUGUGGCCUGGUUCACCUCAUAUCUUAAGGGCAGAACAUAUUACUGAAUGCUCUACCUCCCCAUGUGCUACACUUCCAUGCUUGAAUCAGGGAUCAUGUAGGCCAACAGACAGUGGGCAGUUUAAGUGCCUGUGUAUUCAAGGGUACACUGGAGAACGUUGCGAGGUGAGGUUGGAUCCAUGUGAAAGCCAACCAUGCCAAGCUGGUGCCACUUGUGUCUCUCUUCCUUCUGAGGGCUUUCUUUGCAAAUGUCCGCCAGGUAGAACAGGAACACUGUGUGACCAGAUGGACAGAACUCUCAGAGAAGUUGUGAUUCCCGACUUUGAUGGAGAUUCCUACCUCGAACUUCCAACACUGGAAAAUGUUGGGAGGUCUUUUGCCCUUGAAAUCUGGUUUCUAACUAGAUCUCCAGAUGGUGUUUUGCUAUACAAUGGGCAAAUGGGGGGUGGAAAUGAUUUCAUUGCCCUCAAUCUUCGUAAUGGACACAUCGAAUUCACUUACAAUCUUGGAUCAGGACUCGCCAGUCUUGUGAGUCCAGAUCUAGUUACGCUGAACACAUGGCAUGUAGUGCGAGUCAGAAGGAAGAAGAGGCGUGGUAUACUUCAGCUCGACAGAGGAAGAAAAAUCCGGGGGAAAAGUGGCCCAAGACUGACAGAACUCAACCUCAACCUGCCUCUUUACCUUGGUGGUUUAGAGAACUACACGAUGGCUCAUCAAGACUCUGGAGUAGUUAUGGGUUUAAAUGGUGCUAUUCAAAGAUUGCUCGUCAACUCUGAGGUCUUAGACAAUCUGGAUGAACGUGCUAGGGGUGCACGAGGUGUGAAGAGAUAUCGAGGCCCACCAUGCUUAAGAAACCCAUGCCAUAAUGGUGGUGUGUGCCAACCUUUCCUCAGCCGGUUUUUGUGCAAAUGUCCAGCAACUUACACUGGCAAAUUCUGUGAAAAACAUAUAAAUGAAAAUGAAAUGAUGAAACCAGUCAAGUUUGAUGGGAAAACAUUCCUAAAGUUCCCUAACAUGGUAUACAGAAUAAACUUGACCCACUACAACCUAACAGCAGAGGAAUAUGAAGAUUAUGAUUUCCCGGAACCAUGGACAGAACUCGAUCUUUCCUAUCCAACUGACUAUGACCUUGAAGAUGAUGUUGCCUUCCUAGAGGAAGAAGAAGAUUAUGAAGAAGAAAAUAAUGUAGCCAAGACAGAAACACUUGAUGAGGAAGUAGGAAGACUAGAAGAAGAAACAGGAGAGCAAGAAACUGGUUCAGGAAUACUAUCUUUAUAUGAAGAUGAUGAAAUAAUGACUGUUUUGGAGGAACAGGUUUACUAUAGUGGUUUGGAAACAAUGAUGGAAGAUGAUACUUUGGUUGAGGAAGAACGGUUAGAUAACAGCAUUAACAGAGUAACCGAGGGGGAAGAGUUAGACGGAAAAAGAGGCCAAACAACAAAUCAGUUCAAGGUUCGCUUCAGGGCAACAAGCUCUGAUGGUUUGUUAGUGUGGUUAAACAAACGUUCCACAAUCAUCGGUGAUUACUUGGCCUUAACUAUUAAUGGUGGUUAUGUAGAACUUUCUUUCAAUCUCGGAAAACAACAAACACUUCUUAUAAUCAGAUCAAAGGUGCGGGUAGAUGAUGGUCAGUGGCACACACUAGUAGCUCACCGAAGGAAACGUUUAGGCGUUCUCAGGGUGGAUAAUGAAAGACCAGUCAAAGGAGUGGCUGAAGAAGGUGCUACUACCUUAAAUACAAAUGGUAAACUUUGGAUUGGAGGCUCGCCUAAUGUUCCUGAUGGGUUGCCUCAUGCCUACUACCAAGGUUUUCGUGGCUGCAUUGAUUCUGUCCAAGUAGAGAACCGGGAAUUAAAUCUUGUGACUCAUGGUGAUUCACAACAGGUCAGAUUUUGUGAUGAAAUGCGGUGAAAGCUAUGUUAAAUGGAUAUAGUGAUAAAUAUAUUUUUGUUUUCACGUUUAAUCUUUUAUUAAUGUGAAAAAAGGAGAAAAAAUAGAGUACCUGUAACAAAACCAUAGCACACAUUAUAAGUACAUACAGUUAGUAUAUGUACUGUGUACAUGUCCCAGAAUAUAUACAUACUGUAUGUGAAUUUGUGUGUAUGUAUGGAUGUGUGUAUAUAUAUAGAUAUAUAAACCACUGGAUAAAAAUAAGGUCUUUGUAAAAAGUGGCAGUACAAACUUGCUUAACAUGGACCACAGUAAAACAUUUAUUGUAAUGAAAACUUGAUAAAAAAUACUUUGUACAUAGUACUAACAACUUGAGAUGUGAGAAAAGAAGAAGACAUAUCGUAAGGGCUGUGGGAAGGACAUCCAAAAUCCAGUUGACAUUAAGAAAUCUGAAGUGGAAAGGGGAUCCUGGAAUAUGAUCGUUUUGUAUUACCUUGAGUAUGCCUUGAUCUAACCAUACUCACAUCUCUUCAGAAGCACAUUUUACUGAAGUUUCAGAAUAAAGGAAUAACCUUGUAUAGAAGUAUGCAAACUUUUUUUUUUCGCUGUAUAUAAAUGUUUGAAUGGCAUAUUGUCUGAUGACUGUGUAUGUCUGACAUGAGUGAUAUUUGUAUGUGAUGGCCUAGAAAUGUGAGGCAGAAUUGUCAGGAAAGAAAUGUUAGCUUACAAAAACCCCAAGGUAAUCAUAAAGACAACACAUCUAGGCACAGAGUUUUGUGUAUUAUAACUGCUGUUUUUCCAAGUCUCACAGUAUAUUCAAUGUGCAUGAGCAUAUACUAUCAGAUACUGUAUUAAGUACUUAAUAUGUUCAAAGUUAAACUAUCUCAUUGUAACUAUUCAUUUCAUUCUCAAUUAAUAUCCAGUAUGUGUAAGUACUGCUCACCAGACUACAUAUAGACAAUUUUACAAUGAAACUACACACAAAAACAUUCUCUUUUGUCUUUAUGCAAAUUAUGUCUGAUCAAACUUCUCAUAUUUCAAAAACACUAAUACCAUAAUUAACAACUUUAAAAGCUUCUCUGUGCAUUAUUCAUUACAUACUACACAAUGUGAAAAUGCUACAGGACAGAAAAUCACUCUCCAUAUUAAUCUAUAAUUUUUCUUAUUCUGUAAGAGAACAGUAAACUUGGCAAAACAGUAAUACUUAACUCCAAUAAAAAUCAACAUACAUGAUAAGUUUCUAAGAUUAUUCAAUAUCAAUAUUUACCUUCUGCUGACGUAAUGAAUGGUUUCAUUACCUCAAAUUUUCCAACAGCAAAUGCAGCUGAAGCUGCAUCUGCUUUAGAGAACACAAAAAUUAAUGAUUUUUCUUUAAACAUUUGACUUACAUGCAGUCUGUGAGACUUAACAUUUUUGGAAAUAUCUUGGCUACAUUCACUUUGUAUCAUAGAUGCUUGCCUUUGUCAUUCACUAGGGGAGUUGACAGGUUUAUCUACUUACACCUGAGAAUAUUAAUACGUACUGUUAUUAUGUACUAACCAAAUAACCAAUGGUGUUUCCUAUUCAGAUUUUGUAAAUACCCAAUUGUAUAUGUUACAUGAAUACAUACUAAAUUUCAUCCCACAACUAUGAAAGUUUAACAAGGGAAAUUCUCUGACCAAUUUUUUAUUUUUGUGGUAUUCUUACAUGUAACAUACGGUACUUGUUAUCCAAAAUGUAACCAUUACAUAAUUGUUUGUCCAUAAAGUUACCCAUCAUAGAGUUUUCAAGUAAGAGUGGGAGGUCAUCAGUAUGAAGAGCGUGUUUACCAGAAAUAAUUUUUAAUGUGAGAGUCAUGAUAUUCCAUCCAUAUUUAUAUUAAGUUUGUAGUUUGUAAGUUAUAUAUAAUAACUACAUUCAUGGACAAUGUGGGGACACAGUUAAUGCUAUUAGAUACAAAUGAAAUACUACCAAGUAUAAUUUGUUGUAACUGUCACAUGAACUAUUCAUCAAAUCAAAAUGUUUUUGUUAGCUUAGGAAAAAAGGUAUUUGUCUUAGGAUACCUUAAUUCUGAUUUAGCCAUCAUUGUACCACUGUUAUAGACUGAAGUUCCUCAUAUUAAGUAUGUCAGUAAUAUAUUUGUGAAGAGGAAUUUUGAAGAUGGACAUUAAAUUUGCAAUAAAAUAUUGAAGGUUUAAAUUCGAAUGUUCUUAAGAGUAUACGCACCCUGAAAUGUCUUCAGUCUACAGGGAGGGGUUGAAUGUAACAUUACAAUAAAUUCCAUGUUAUGUAUCCUUCAGUUAUGUAUUGAUGAACUUUGUUAUCUCUGUUCAUUCUGUAAUGUACUAAGAUUUUUCCUUGAUAACUGAAUGUUGGACUUAACCUUAGUUAAAAAAUGAAAUUUAGUCUAAAUUACAACUAUAUUCUUAUUUGUGUGGCCAGAGAAAUUUUGACUUUUUUUCUUUUUUCUUUUUACAAGACAUAUGUUUGGAGAACAUGACAGUCCGCAACAAUGUUGCCACAUUUUUACUUUUUUUUUUUUUAGCUUGCUUGAAGUAUAACUGUAAACUCCUGUUAUUUGUUUUAACUUUCAAACUGUACAUUCAAAACUUGGUUCAUUUUUGCCAAAGGUCAGAUUAUGGAAAAUUUAAUGUUGAGAUAAGAUUUUUAGUAUGCAAUGACUAUUUUAUAGCUCAUCAUAAAUGUAACAGCAUGCCACACUGUGUAUGCAAUAACAGAACUUCAAUGGGAUAACUUUAAAUGACACUGGCACUUCAGUCCACAAGUUGUGUGGAAAUGAAAUAUUUACAUGUAUAUAUGAAACUGAAUAUAUGUACAGUACAUAUAUAUGCAUGCAGACACUAUAAAAUGUAUAGAGUAUAUAUUGCACAAAUUUGCUUAAAUUGAGAGAGUAAAAAUGUAUAUACAUAUACUGUAUAUAUACAUUCAUACACAAAUACGUGUAUGUCUGUAUAUACUGGGUGUGUGUGCAUACAAUAAAUACAUGUAUGCAAACAUACAUUUUAGUCUAUACUUAUACAUAUACAGUAAACAUGUAUAUAUUUUUAUAAGAAAGUGAAGUGCUGUACACUGAGGUUUUUACAAACCCAUACAUGCAAACAAAAAAUGUAUAUGUAUACAAACUAAUAUUGUAUAUCUACAUUAAAACUCAGUACAUACAAAUAGGGGCAUGUGUUUAUAUGUUUGUAAAUAUAUUGUGUAGUAUAUACAUAUAUAUAUGUGUACAUAAACGAAAGGGGGCCCACUUGUCUUCCAGGAGUGUCUAUGUACAUACUGUAUGAUAGAAAUAGAGAGCCUAGCAUAUCUAAUUUUUACAAGACGUGCCAAGUUGUAGGUCUGUGCAAACUCACCAGGUUAUUUAAUUAAAGCUAGUAUUAUAUCUAAUUCUCCAAAUAUGUUAUGUAAGUUUUAUUCAUUCCAUUAUCAGGAAUACCAAUCCACAUUCCACAACCUUCAAUUAAGCAUUUUUUUGAAGUGCUGGCAUCACAGAAUUGUUAUUCUGUUUAAACUGUAUCUUGUUGUUGCCUGGUGAAAUCAAUAUUAUACAGUACUUGAAAAUAAGAACAUUAAUUCAAGAGUGCUUCAUUGCCUAUUAAAUUUUGUUAUCAAUUAGAAAUAACAACUGUGAUGGGAAUACUUCUUAAAAGAUGGUCAAAACAAAUCAUUAACCAGUUGUUGCAACCUAAGCUAUUUAUUAUUUUAAAAGAUCUACAUGUUGAGAAAUGUGAUGUUCCUACAAAUAUAUUUUGAAUUGUCAUAAUUUUUAAACCUAUUACAGUUGAAAUAUUGAAUCUAUGUAGAUACUUCACCGUGUGUUUGCACAUAUUUGUAGAAAAUACAAA